ACGACCUGACGCGGGGUCCUGCGGCGCGGCAAGAUGGCGGCGCUGCGGCUGUGGAGCCGGCGGAGGGCAGUGGUGCCAGCGUCUGGAGUCCGGGGGUUAGCAGCAGGGAAAUAUGACUAUGAUCUGUUGGUGAUUGGAGGAGGUUCUGGUGGCCUUGCAUGUUCUAAAGAAGCAGCCCAGUAUGGCAAGAAAGUUGCGGUAUUAGAUUACGUGGAUCCUUCGCCUAAAGGCACUAGAUGGGGCCUUGGUGGCACUUGCGUCAACGUGGGCUGUAUUCCAAAAAAGUUAAUGCACCAUGGAGCCCUCCUGGGCAGCGCCAUUAAAGAUGCCAGGAAAUAUGGUUGGGAUGUACCUCUGCCUGUAUGUCAUGACUGGGGCAUCAUGGCAAAUGCAGUUCAAAACUACGUGAAAUCCUUAAAUUGGGGACAUCUAGUGCAGCUCCAAGAUAAAAAGGUGAAAUAUCUGAAUCUCAAGGGUGUUUUUGUUGAUCAACAUACCAUUCAAGGGGUGUCCAAAAAAGGUGAAAAGAGCCUUCUCACAGCCGAAAACAUUGUUUUAGCAACUGGAGGAAGACCGAGGUAUCCUGCAAAUAUUCCAGGGAGUGAGUUUGGCAUUUCCAGCGAUGACAUCUUCUGGCUGCAAGAUUCACCUGGGAAAACAUUAGUUAUUGGUGCAAGCUAUGUGGCCCUGGAGUGUGCUGGCUUUCUGACUGGGCUUGGUUUGGAUACUUCACUUAUGAUACGAAGCAUUCCUCUCCGUGGAUUUGACCAGCAAAUGGCUCACCUGGUGACAGAUCACAUGACGUCUUAUGGUACCCGAAUCUAUUGGAAGUGUACACCUGUCAAAAUAGAAAAACUGAGCAGCGGCAGGCUGCAGGCCGUGUGGAAAAAUCUGGAGUCUAGCAUAGAAGAGCGAGAGUCUUUUGACACUGUGAUGUGGGCAGUAGGUCGAGCCCCAGAAACACAAAGCCUGUAUUUGGACAAGGCAGGGGUCCAGGUUAAUCCAGAAACAGGGAAGGUGGUUGUUGGUGCUGGUGAAGAGACAUCUGCUUCUCACAUUUAUGCAAUUGGAGACAUAGCGGAGGGCCGACCAGAACUCACACCUACAGCUAUCAAGGCAGGCAAGCUUCUGGCACACCGGCUUUUCGGCGGAUCUACGCGGCUGAUGGACUAUGAGAAUGUUCCUACCACAGUUUAUACACCACUGGAAUAUGGAUGCGUUGGGCUCUCUGAGGAGGAGGCUCUACGUCGCUAUGGCGAGGACGACAUAGAGAUUUAUCAUGCUUUUUACAAGCCACUGGAGUUUACAGUAGCUGAGCGGGAUGCCGCCCAGUGCUAUAUCAAAAUGGUUUGUCUGCGUGAAGAUGACCAACGUAUUCUUGGACUUCACUUCAUUGGACCAAAUGCCGGAGAGGUCAUUCAAGGGUUUGCGCUGGGAAUUAAAUGCAGCGCCACAUACUCUCAGCUGGCAUCCACUGUGGCCAUCCACCCGACGUCUGCUGAGGAGGUGAAUAAGUUGAACAUCACCAAGCGCUCAGGUUUGGAUGCCACUGUCACGAGUUGCUGAGGUUAAACGUCAUCCCUGAAUCAACUGGCACACCACAGACUCUCCAGCAUUAACGUAAAAGCCCACACCGGAGAACCAAACAUGGCUGAGGCAUGCCAACUGUGGUUGGCAUUCAGUAUUGCCUUUAAAAGCAUGGCCUUGUGGCCAGAGCAAUGCAAAAAGGAGAUACUAAAUAAAUUGAACAUGGUCUUUAAAUAUUUUUACCUAAUUCAACAAUCUAAAUAUCUUGUAUGCCGUCCUUGAGUCCUUUGUGUGAAAUGGAAGCGGGGGGGAGCAGACAUGUAAAAACAGAGAUCCGCUAACUGAGCCAGCAGAGGGGGAUAUCUGGAUGGGACAACGUUGUUACCCAGUGAUGAGAAAGAGAAUAGCAUUUAUGGGUGUGUUGUGACAAAUUGUGGGGCAUCGAUUGUGCUCGUUCACCUGUAAGACGCAGAGGUCAUAGCAACACACACAAAAUGGUGGAGAAGCUCAGCAGGUCAAGCAGCAUCAAUGGAGAGAGAUAAACAGUUAAUGUUUUGGGGUGAGACACUUCAUCGGGACUCAUUGGGUUUUGGCCUGAAAUGUUGACCGUUUAUUCCCUUCCAUUUAUGCUGCCUGACCUGCCGAGUUCCUUCGGUGUGAGUUGCUCUGGAUUUCCAUGCAGAAUCUCUUGUGCUUAUGAUUUACACACUUGUUGCUUUAAACACUUGCUCACCACCUGUUGAUGGGAAUGUCUGUCAGGAAAGGUUGAAUACACAGUACUGUGCAAAAGCCGUAGGCACAUAAAUAUAGCUAGGGUGCCUAUGAUGUUUGCACAGUACUGUAUUUAUCAAUAUGGAACAGAGAGUGAGUUUGUAAAUCUUGUGGGAGCAAAGGAUGUUGGGAAUGGUGAGGGUGGAGGUAAUGUGUAUAUAUAUUUUUUCUUCGACCCGAAGUGAUUUUCUGUUUCAAAGGCCAGAGAUUUGUGGUGUGCUCAUCGGGGAUGACUGGGGAGAAGGGGGUCAAGGUGGUUUGACUCGUGUUGUAGGCUGGCAAUGUACUAUAUGUGCAUGCCACAUCACAGGCAGGUUGUAGAAAUGCCAGUUCAUGAUGACUUGUUUGUAAACCCAUUUCAUGGGAAAGGCAGGUCUGAUAAUGUGGCAUUUAUAUAAUUAUUAUAAUAUACGUGUAUUGAAUAAAGUGAUAUUUCAUCUGUU